UGUGUGGCUAUACGUACUUUCAAUGUCAGAACAUGCAUCAUCAUCAUCAACCACUGAAAAGCAACCUUGCUGAUUUAGGCACAGAAAGAAAAACGGUUGAAUCACAACCUCUCUGUCCAAAGCCCAGAAAGCUCUCACCUUCCAUACCUGAAUUCCUCAAGCCAAUCAAGUGUAACAAACACAGUCAUUCAAAUGUGAAUAAUGGAAGCCAAGUUCUGGAUAUGAUCCAGAAUGAUGCAGAUGCAAGGGAAUUCCUAUGCAAUGGAUGCUUGCCUUGUUGUUAUUCUGGAUCUCCUCCACGCAGAACAGAAAAUCCAUUGGUUCAUGACGUGCAGUUUCUUCACCAAGUUGAAGUUGUUACACCAUUAGCACGAGCCAAACUCUCUGAUAAAUUUGGUUUCAUCUCUGCUUCCCCUAUGUGAAUCGCAAAAGAUGGGAAGAAAAGGAAGAAGAUAAGGGUUUACAGAAAUUUUCAUAGUGUAGAAGUAACAUUUUCAUAGUGUAAGGAUAAUUAGUCUCUAAAUACAUGUUCUUAAUGUUGAAUAUGUAAAUAGUUA